CCACUUGGCUGACCAUGGACAAGGACCCGAGUGAGGAUGACAGUGUGGCUGAUCUCAGUUUUGAGGCCGAAAGUCCUGUGAUGCCCCCUGAUGAGCUCCUGGAGGGACUGCCAAGCUAUGACUGGCUUCUUCAAGGACGUGGAAGGCGUGUCUUCUUUCCAUCCUUGGAGGCCCUGGGAAGGCCCCAGGAGCCUGCAUCUUGGUCCUCAGUCCUGGAGCACAGCAGAGUCCCUGUGGUGACCGAGGAGGUGGCCCGGGAGGCCCUGCUCAGCUUUGUCAACUCCCAGUGCUGCUACAGCAGUGUAGCUGCUGGCAACCUCAUCAUCCAGGAGCUGAGGCAGCAAACCCUCUGCAGGUAUCGGCUGGAGACCUUCAGCGAAUCCAGAGUCAGCGAGUGGACAUUUCAGCCAGUCACCAACCACUUGGUGGAUGGACCUCAGAGAGGUGCCUCCCCCAGACUCUGGGAUAUGAAAGUCCAAGUGCCUCCGAUGUUUCAGGAAGACACCAGAAGGUUCCAAGUGCCCCACUCCUCUCUGGUCAAGGAAUGUCACAAAUGCCACGGGCGUGGCCGCUACAAGUGCAGUGGCUGUCAUGGGGCUGGCAUGGUGAGGUGUUCAUCAUGCAGCGGCACCAAGCGAAAGGCCAGGCAGCCCCGGAGAUGCCACAUGUGUUCCGGCUCUGGCAGGCGCAGAUGCAGUACGUGCUCUGGGAGGGGGAACAAGACAUGUGCCACCUGCAAGGGGGAAAGGAAGCUGGAGCACUUUGUCCAGCUGGUCAUCAUGUGGAAGAACAGCUUGUUUGAGUUCGUGUCCCCACACCACCUCCACUGCCCUGGAGAGUUGCUCGCCAAAGCCAGAGGGGAAAACCUCUUCAGGGAUGAGAAUGCCAUGGUGUACCCCAUUGUGGACUUCCCCCUGCGGGAUAUCUCUCUGGCUUCUCAGAGGGGCAUUGAGGAGCACACUGCUGCUCUGGCCUCCCGUGCUCGCAUCCUUCAGCAGCGUCAGACCAUCGAGCUGAUCCCCAUCACAGAAGUUCACUACUGGUACCAAGGGAAGACUUCUGUCUACUACAUCUAUGGCACGGACCACCAGGUGUACGUGGCUGACUACCCUGAGCGGUACUGCUGUGGAUGCACCAUUCUCUGACAGACACUGCUGUCCCCAGAGUCCACCAGUCACAUUUGACAAGGGGACAGCAGUGCUCUUUGAGUUCAGUUAUGUUGGUGAUUUUGGACAAUCCCUUGCAAACUCCAGAAGUCUUUCUGAACAAAUGGUUAAUCAUCUGUUAAGACUCAACCCCAUUGGGGCCCAUCUGGCCGGGGCCAUGCUUAAUUUAUAGGAAUUCUCUUGAGCACGUUUCUGUAGAAUAAGAGAGAUAUGUGAUAUAAAUCGUGGGGGCUCUGCCUCCCCCCCCCAAUUUAAUGCCCCUGUUGUGUAUGGGGUCUCGUAAGCUGAUCCCUAUUUUAGUCUGGAUUAUUCAAUGAACCUUGGUCCACACUCAGUGUUAUGGGAGUGUUGAAAGAUACUCACAGGUUGACUUCCACCCCAGCAUCUUUGCUUCCUAUCUUCUAGGUUAGAAACCCUAAUUUAGUCACUGCUGGAAUAGUUCAAUUGUAGUGCACAAGGUUUAAAAACCUCACUUGGAGGGUAGAAGGCUGGGGUGGUUCAAGGAUGGGCACUCCAGUCAUCUAAAAGCUAGUUUUUAAAAUGUCUGCUGGUUGAUGGGAAGAUACUCUCCUGGCUACCCAUAUAUAUAGUUUGGGCUUCCUCACAACAUGGAAGCUAUAUAGUAGCUGUCACUCAUGGGUACUGUGAUGGCUAAUGUUGAUCAUGAAGUUGCCAGGAUCUAGAACCAAACAGGAGCUAAACCUUUGGGCAUGUCAAUGAGUUUCCAGAUUAGAUGAAUUGAGGUGACAAAGCCCAUCUUGACUGAACAGCGCUAUUUCAUGGACUGGGGUCUUGAGCUGAAUUAGAAAGGAGAAAGUGGGCUGAGAACCAGUGUUCAUCUCCUCCUGCUUCUGGACCACAGAUGCAGUAUAACCAGCUGCCUCACGCUCCUACUGCUAUGUCUUCCUUACUGUGACAGACUGUACCCUUGAAUUGUGAGUGAAAAAUGCAAUAA